UUUGAUAAAUAUUUGGCACGUAGCGUCGCAGUGUUGCAUUAUCGUCCGUUUAUCGACAAGCCACCACGGUCGUAUUAAAUUUUAUAUUAAAAAAAAUUAAUUUUGAUUAAGUUGGCCAUGAAUUCGGCAACAAAGGUUGGGGAGAUUUUUACAGCCGCGGGACAAGCGUUCAGCAAGCUGGGAGACUUGACUAUGCAAUUGCAUCCAAAUGCGGAAUCACCAAGUGGCAAAUGGACAGACGAGGAAAUUGACAUGUUACACUCGUCCAUAAUGCGGUUCUCGGACGAUCUGAGCAAAAUCAGUUUAAGCAUUAAAACGCGCACAGUCUCUCAAAUACGACAGGCGCUGAAGAAAAAGGCUUUUGAGGAUGCUGGCAUACCGGCCAAACAAGUGCCCGUGCAGCAGGUGCAACACGUCAUUCAAACAGUGCAGCAAUUGCCAGUUGUUCAGCAACAACAGCAGCAGCAGCCGCACGUAUUCAAAUCACACAUAAUACAGCAGCCAACGAAACAAAUUGUACUACAGCCACAGACAACGACGACAACAACAACCGUGACAAUCAAACAAUUUCAGCAAAUGCAGCAGCAGAAAGCCGCCGCCUUGGCUGCCGCACAACAGGCAGCGGCAGCUGCGGCUGCAUCCUCCAAUGCCAACACGCCUACCAUUACAGAGAACAUCAUCAUACAGCAGCCCACAUCAACUACAGCAGUGCAAGCUCAGCAAGCUCACACUGUUGUUGUAACAUCUGCGGCGACACAGCAGCAGCAAAUUAUUGUACCUGCCCCAACAACAGUUCUAUCAUCCAGUGCGACUGUUGGAGCUGUUGUUGUGGCUGACGACGUUGUGAGCACUACCUCGAAUCCAUCAUCGACUGCAAGUGCGAGUCUCAAGUGUGGCCCGGAUGUCUCAAUGACACUGAAUCGCAUUAAUGUCCAGGAAAAUGAGGUAGACGUCGAAGAAUGUUUGCCCGCGGAGGUUGUCAAGCUUGAUUUUGUUAGCGAGGAGGUGGCAGGGUGAAAUUUGUUGCCGGCCAAUGGUGAAGCGUCGCUUGAUCUAGUUGACGAUUUCUAUUACUAGAUUUAAUGUUAAAAAAAACAGCUUCAGAAUUACAUUCAAGUAAACUCUUUCAUAUAUUUUACACCACACUAGCCUAAACUGUUAAGCGUUGUCAUAUUUGAUACACACAAAACGCAAAAAAAAAACCCUGAAUUGUAACGAAUUGUAAAAAGUCAAUACAAAAUUUAACUGACACACGUUGAUUGGCUCAG